AUGCUACCUAAAGGAUGGUCUUCAAGCGAGACAGAUCUUGCCGAAGAUGAUGUCGACGGUCAAAUUGAAAGAUGUUACAGACGCAUCGAUGAGGGAAUCAUGCCUGACAUUUUCCGGGACAGGUUGCAAAUGUACCAAAAUAUCAAGCUGAGACAGACAGAUAUGAUCAGCUCCGAGCCUAGGGGUCUUAGCUGGGAAGUCGUUCAACGCCUUGAUUGUCUGAAGAAGGUCAAAACAAGCUUUGAUGAGUUGCCACUCUCCCAGCGGAGGGUUCGCAACUGA